AUGCUCAGAAUAUCUCACGCUAAAUAUGUCAUAUCAAUAAUACUUUUAUCUAUAAUUUUGUUGGAAUUCAUCGUUAAAUCUUUUGCGGCAGAUCAUGAUGGUGGGACCAAAACCGGACAUUCUAAACCUAAAAUACUCAGGUAUCAAAUAGCUGCAGUUAAUUUUAAACACGUAGAAAAUGCAUUUAUGAUAUCUAUUUGGAUGCUUCUAGCCAGUUUAGCCAAAUUAGGUUUCUAUUUAUCACCAAAGCCGUCUUCUUACGUUCCGGAGUCUUGUAUGCUUCUACUAUUAGGCGUUGUAACGGGUUUAGUUUUAUUUUAUUCCAAAAUCCAAGGUAUCAAUUACACAAUUUCGACCUCUCUCUUUUUUCUUUUUUUGCUUCCGCCUAUUGUGUUAGAUGCAGGAUACUUCAUGCCACUCCGGCCUUUUUUUGAAAAUAUAGGCACGAUAUUACUCCUUGCAGUGGUAGGAACCCUGUGGAAUACAUUGGCUAUGGGUUUUUCAUUGUGGGGUAUCAUUAGAACAGGUAUAAUUGGAGUCGAUGUACCACUCAUGCACUGUCUUCUCUUUAGCAGUUUAAUAUCAGCCGUUGAUCCAGUAGCCAUUUUAUCUGUUUUUGAGGAGGCAAACGUUAAUGAGGUUCUUCAUAUUAUCGUUUUUGGGGAAUCAUUGUUGAACGAUGGUGUGGCCAUAGUGUUAUACAAUAUGUUUGGGUCUUUUAGUGAAAUUGGCUUGGAAAACAUAAUCACGAGGGACAUCGUAUUUGGCGUAAUAUCUUUUGGAGUAGUGGCCUUUGGCGGAACAUUGAUCGGCAUUUUGUUCGGAUUAUUCACAGGUUGGCUUACUAAGUACACCGACAAAAUUCGUAUUAUAGAGCCUCUUUUCGUUUUCUUGUUAGCAUAUUUAUCGUAUAUCGUAGCCGAUAUGUUCACGCUUUCAGGAAUUUUAGCAAUCGUAUUUUGUGGCUUAAUAAUGCGACAGUUUGUGGAAGCUAACAUAGCCUUAAAAUCAAAUAUAACAGUCAAAUACACCAUGAAGACUUUGAGUAGCAUUUGCGAAAGCAUAAUUUUCUUGUUUUUAGGACUAUCAACUGUGGUCGAUAUCCACAUAUGGAACACCGCUUUUACCCUUUUUACACUAUUCUUUUGUUUGUUCUAUCGGGCUAUAGGUAUCUUGGUUCUCAUUCCUUUCAUUAAUAGAUAUAGAUUAGCUAAAUUGAGCAAAGUUGAUAUCUUUAUUAUGAUCUAUGGAGGAUUAAGAGGUGCUAUUUCAUUUUCUUUAGCCCUUCUCUUAAAUGAAGAUGUGUUAGGGCAACAGAACAAAAGAAUGUUUGUAACAACAACCAUGACCGUAGUCAUUUUCACUUCGUUCUUUCAGGGGUUAACAAUAAGACCAUUGGUAGAAUUUUUGAGAGUAAAAAAAGCUCAAGAAAAAGACAGAAACAUGGCCACGAUACUGUUCGACAGAUGCAUGGAUCACCUAUUGGCCGGCGCUGAAGAUAUUAUAGGUGGGCAAGGCAAGAAUCGCUUAAGAGAAAAAUUAGAAUUUCUCCAAUACAAAUACCUGCAACCUUACUUAGUAAAAAAAUUGUCAUCCAGAGACGAUAAUCUUGUGGAUAUUUGCAAAAAAUUGAACGUGUACGAAGCUAAAAAUUUAUUAAACCAAUAUCAUGGUGAUAUUAUUAUGCUCAAGGAAGAAAUCACAGGUAUCAGAAAAGAUCAAAGAAAAUCAAUCGAUCUCCCUGUUUUGGAUACAAGUCAUAUGGAUGAAGCUUACGCCAAUCGGAUAGCUUCUAAAUGGCAUGACGCCGUUGAUAAUUUGAUGCCUAAAAGGAGAACCGCUAAUCUGAAAAGAUUCAGUCGUCAAGAUAUAUAUGAUGACCCUGUAAACUUGCCGUCUUUAGUCAACAGAUAUUCUAAUACCAAUUACAAACAACAUCACCCUAUCAUAGAAAAACAAUAUAAGGACUCUAACAAGCUGGUACGGUUAGGCUCCGGUAUAACAAAUACAUUACGACGUUAUUCAAACAAGAUCACAAAUGCCUUUUUACCAAAAUUUAGAAGUGAUUCGUUAAAGAAUUCCCCCAAAAUUAUAGAAGGUAUACCCAACCCAAGUAACAGUAUGCCAGAUUUAUCAGAUCUUAAGAGCCAAACUGUAACAACCUAGUAAUAUACCGUCAAUUCAAAUUGAACCAGCGAUAGAUCCCUUAGUCCAUCCGAGAGCUUAUUCCUUGACCGUGGCUGAAAAAAAUUUGCCUUGGAAAAAGAAUAAUAUAGAACCAGACGUGAUGCAAGAACCCCCAAGAAAACCUAGUAGUAUAUAUCUAGAACGAACUGAUAACUUUGAAAGUAAAAUUUUCUUUCACUUCCAUCCUAUAUAUAUUUUUUUCUUUUCUGAAUAUUAUUUUAGAAUCAACAAGUCAAACA